GCGCGCCUCUCGGAUAGGACCUGGCUGCUGCCCGGUAGAUAUGGCUGCGACCUUGCUGCAUGACGGCAGACGUGGUUGUUUCUUGUUCUUGGCGCAAGUUAGGCAAACUGGUCAGUGCCAUGCCAGGAGAUCCUCGAGGACUGCCAGCGCCAGCUGCCAACAUGCCAAAGACACAGGCUCUUUGCCCUGGGAAAGCGUUGUCGGACUUGAAAUCCAUGCACAGAUUAAUUCCGCCUCCAAGCUUUUUUCAAGCUCUGAAGUUAAGUUUGCAGCACCUCCAAACUCAACGGUAUCAUUUUUUGACGCAUCGUUGCCAGGAACUUUGCCGACCAUCAACAGGAGAUGCAUAGAAGCAGCUGUGAUGACCGGCCUUGCCCUCAACUGCACCAUAAACAAGAAGUCACUUUUUGAUCGAAAACACUAUUUCUACGCUGACUUGCCUGCUGGUUAUCAAAUUACUCAGCAAAGACUUCCAAUAGCGGUAAAUGGAAUUCUUACAUAUCGCUAUCAAGUAGGAACAUCAUGGAAUCAGAUUAUAACGAAGUGCGUGCAGAUCAAACAGGUCCAGCUGGAGCAGGACAGUGGCAAGAGCCUCCAUGAUGAUGUGAUGCACCAGACGCUCAUUGACUUGAAUAGAGCUGGAAUUGGACUUAUGGAAAUUGUAAUGGAACCUGAUAUGACUUGUGGACUUGAAGCUGCAGCAGCUGUGCGGGAACUUCAGCUAAUCUUGCAGGCUCUUGGAACAAGUCACGCAAACAUGUCAGAGGGCCAGUUAAGAGUUGAUGCAAACAUUUCUGUUCAUCAUCCUGGUGAACCGUAUGGUGUGAGGACAGAGGUUAAGAACAUAAACAGUGCACGCUUUCUCGCAAAAGCAAUCGAUUAUGAAAUUAAAAGGCAAACAGAAAUACUUGACACUGGCGGAACGAUUCUGAAUGAGACAAGGGCCUUUGACUACAAACUUGGUGUGACCAUACCUAUGAGGGACAAGGAAGGAAAGCAAGACUACAGGUUUAUGCCAGAACCUAACCUCCCCCCUCUGAUACUUUAUGAUGACAAGUCAUUGCCAACUAACAUGGAUGCGGCUCAAGUCAUAAAUAUUGACCUGCUUAAGGAGAGACUCCCAGAACUUCCCAGUGUCGCCAGGGAGAGACUUGUUGAACAAUAUGGAAUAUUACCUGAACAUAGUUUUACUUUAGUGAAUGAAGAUGGACUUCAAGAAUACUUUGAAGCAGUCGUGAAACUGUCUAAAGCUGACCCUAAGAAGAUAAUUGGCUGGGUAAUUAAGGAAUUACUUGGCCACCUAAGGCAGCAGAAUCUCACCAUCAAACAAAGCAUGGUCAGUCCCAGCUCAUUAGCCGAACUUUUAACACUUUUAGAGAAAAGAAUAAUUUCUUCAUCUGCCGCUAAACAGGUGUUUCAGGAUCUCUGCAAGGAAGAAGGAAAGACCCCAACACAAAUAAUUCAAGAGAAGAAUUUAGGACUGAUCACUGAUAAGGGACAUCUAGAAGAUAUCUGCCAGAAUAUUAUAGAUGGACACAAAGAAGAGGUUUCUGCCAUACAACAAGGGAACCUUAAAGUUAUGCAUAAACUUAUUGGCUUAAUCCAGAAGACUACGAAAGGACGAGCAGAUCCAGUUCUCGUAAAGACUAUAUUAGAAGAAAAGUUGUUACCUUAAUGUAUAAUCAUAAUACAUUUAACUUAAAAACGGAAUGUGUGAACAUGUGAAUUCCUUCAGUUUAUGUGGUGAUCACCUUGAUGUGUACUACAACUUAUUGAAGUCCUGUGAUGCAUUUGGAUUAUCAGGUCAUGCACCUCAAAGAGACAUUUAGUUUUUAAAGAGCAGGAUCUUGGACUAAGGAGUCCAGAUCAUACCUUUUUUUUUUUUUUUUUUUCAUACUGCCCCUGUUCCCCCACUGCCAGCGGUUAAAGCUGAAUUGAAAUACAUUGUCAGGACUGCUGUGCAUUCACAUAGGAGUCCUCUCCAUUAUGUUAGCACAGGAGUAUGUGCUGUGUAUUUCAGUGCAGCUUUGUGCACUAACUGGGGGGGGGGGGGGGGGUAGGAAUAUAAAAAAUGGAGAUCUGUACUCAUUAUGUGCAGCUACUUACUUCAGAUAAUAGUCUGGGAUCGUGGUGACAGAUUCUCUUUAAUGUGACAAGUCAAGUAAAUAAAUUUAAGCUGUAACUCUUCCUAUAUGUACAUGAAAUAAAUAUGUUUAU